CAUGAUCUAUUGUUUUCAGGAGCAGGAGGAGUUUGGACACAUGGAGGGAUUUGAAUGUUUUCUUCUGUUCUUGUCUUUUGGAUUUAUUUGUGCUCAGACCAAAGAUCCCGGCUGGUCGACCUCCAGAUCUCCAGCAGCUGAAACAUCUCUGGACGACACCAAAAACAUCUCAUCAAAAUCAUGGAACACUUCAUUUAAUAAACCUUCAGGUGACGUGAUGUCACUUCCUGUCUGCUCAGGGCCUGUACGAAUCAGAGAUGCCUUCAAAUACAUCAACAGCGUGGUCUCGUGUUUCGUGUUUCUUUUUGGAAUUGUCGGCAAUGUGACUCUUCUGAGAAUUAUCAAGGAACACAAAUGCAUGAGAAGUGGACCCAAUAUUCUCAUUGCCAGUCUGGCACUGGGUGACAUCUUUCAUAUCAUCAUCGCUUUACCCAUUAAUGUUUAUAAGCUGUUGGCGGUGGAUUGGCCGUUCGGUGUGGUGCUCUGUAAACUCCUGCCGUUUAUUCAGAAAACCUCGGUUGGAAUAACAGUUCUGAGUUUGUGUGCGCUCAGUAUAGACAGGUACCGUGUUGUCGCAUCAAGGAGCCAAAUAAAAGGUCGUGAAUUUCCCAAGUGGACAGUUUUCAAGUUAUCUUUAAUCUGGACGAUAUCAACAUUACUGGCUGUUCCUGAGGCCGUUGCCUUUGAUUUGAUCACUAUGGAUUACAAAGGACAACAUCUGCGUAUUUGUCUUCUCCAUCCUCUACAAUCCUCACACUUUAUGCAGUUUUAUAAAGCGGCUAAGGACUGGUGGCUGUUUGGCUUUUAUUUCAUCCUGCCGUUGGUCUGCACGGCUCUCUUUUAUUCACUGAUGGUUCAGAUGAUAUUAAGAGGAGGAGUGAAGCAGGACAAACACAGAAAGCAGAGACACGAGGUGGCCAGAAGUGUCUUCUGUCUGGUUCUGGUGUUUGCCGUGUGCUGGUUUCCUCUUCAUCUCAGCAGAAUCUUAAAGUUAACCAUUUAUGAUGAACUCGACCCCAACAGAUGCAACUUACUGAGUACUUUUCUCAUCCUGGACUAUAUUGGUCUUAACACAGCCUCGGUGAAUUCCUGCAUUAACCCCUUGGCGUUAUAUUUGGUCAGCACACGAUUCAAAAAGUACUUUCAAACGUCUCUCUGCUGUCGGUCUUCAUCCAAUCGUGAUCUUGUUCGUGAGGAGAAACAGAGCUUUAUGAGGUCAAAGGUUACAGAUCCUCCAUCUGACACCAUCACUUCUGUCAAACAAGAGUCUGCAUCUGAUGAAGUACAUAACUCUCUUCUUACAAACUGUUUCUGUCUUAGGUCGUAAGAGUAACUUAUGAUGUCAUACUUUUCAUUUUCUUGGUUUUUGUAAAUACUGGAAAACAUUUGCUUUUGUUUAUGUGAAAUAAAGAUUGUAAAUACAGCUUACACUGUAAAA